AUGAAGCUAUACCUUUGGGAUCAGGCUGCAAGAGAGUUCUGCAAAAAGUUUAAGACGUACGAGAACACACCCACCGUGUUACUGGUCACGACCGUUAACACGAAGACUCUCGGAGGUACUCUUGCCUUGACCUCAAUGUCCUCUUCGCGUGUAUUUAUGGACUACGAUGUCCAACCUACCAUAGAUUACUUCCGCUGGUUGGGCUCUAAUCCAGAUAUUGCUGAGCAGGUUAAUGCAGAGGUGGUCACCAAACGUGAGACAAUGACUAUAGGGGAAAUAUUCGCCUACAUCAACCAGGGAUCCACAAAGGAUGCCUUUUUUGAAUGCACGGCUACGAUCGAUGAUGUCGUGCAUGGUUCUGCUUGGUACUACAUUGCAUGCAGUGGGUGCCAUACUAAGGUUUCCAAAGGCGCAACUUCGUUGAUUUGUACUAACAAAACGUGUGGGAAGGUUAACGUAGCUGGUGUUCCACAGUACUUUUCAAAGAUAUCCGUUUAUGACAACAGUGAGCAAGCUGUUUUAGUACUACUUGGUGAUGCUGGUCGUGAGUUGACUGGGAAGUCCGCAUCAGAGUUAGUUAGAAGCUAUUUUGAGGAAAAUGGAAGCAAAGGAGUUAACCAUGAGGCGCCUGUCCCGGAAGCUCUAAUCAGCACCAUCAGGCAGAGACAUAAGUUUCGUGUCAAAGUGACAGAGCAUAACUUUUUAGGCAAGGCCCGAUCUCUUACCGUGACCAAGAUCCUACCUCUAGACACUCCACCAGCCACAGGGUCUUCGGAAGGAAACCAGACUACUGCAACAUCGGAGGAAACAUCCGGAAACCGUGUGGAUUCUGCAGAGGGGAAUAAGAGAACUUGUGCCAGUACUGAGCUAGAGAAAACUAAACGCCCUAAGUGUGGGAACUAG